AAAGCCGUAGAAAAGACAUUGACUGAAACCCGGGCAAUGCAGCUGACAAAAAUUCAAGCUUUCCCUUGUGUCUUUUUUGCUCUCAUUUUCUUCUUCUCUGUAUCCCACUCUUGCAUUUUCACUGUCACAAACAACUGCCCCCACACCAUAUGGCCCGGGACACUAGCGGGUGCGGGAACACCCCAGCUUCCGACCACCGGGUUUCGCCUCAACUCAGGGCAAAGCAUAAGGAUUCCUUCUGUUCCGGGAUGGUCGGGACGGAUUUGGGCCAGAACAGGCUGCACAUUUGAUGCGUCGGGAGUGGGAAAAUGUGUAACGGGGGACUGUGGUGGGCGGUUAGAAUGUGACGGCAGUGGUGCAACUCCUCCCGCAUCUCUCUUUGAGAUAACGCUCGGCAUGGGCGAUGACAAGGAUUUCUAUGAUGUCAGCAUGGUCGACGGCUACAAUCUGCCCAUGGUCGCAGCGCCAGUAGGCGCUUUUGGUGCCUGUAAUGCCACUGGGUGCGCUUCAGACAUCAACAUGGGUUGCCCAAAGGAGCUUCAAGUGGUGGGGGGAGAAGGGGAAAAUGGAGGAGGGGGUGGUGUGGUUGCAUGCAAGAGUGCAUGCGAGGCAUUUGGGUUGGACCAGUAUUGCUGCAGUGGGCAGUUUGCUAACCCAACCACCUGCAAACCUUCUUUCUACUCAACCAUUUUCAAGAGAGCCUGUCCAAGAGCCUAUAGCUACGCUUUUGAUGAUGGCACAAGCACUUUUACUUGCAAGGCAUACGAGUAUUCCAUUGUUUUCUGCCCUCAAAGUAACGGGCAGAGAAAACCAGACAAUCCAUUAACGCCUCCAACAAUACCAAUAGGAGAUCCAAGCCAUGAGGAAUCAGUGCGAAUGGUUUCCUCAUCCAACACGCUCUUACCGAUUCCGACGCUAGUAAUGCUUUUGAUCCUCAGUUUAAUCUCAUGAACAGAUCCUGCAACUUUGAGCUCGAGCCAUAUCAAGUGGUUCUGCAAAAGAGAACAAUCUGCGUGCGACCUUCAACGGUGAAAAAUGACGAACCAAGAUGUUAGGAAUCAACGAGAGCAAGAAUGCUCAGAAAAGCCGAUUGAUUGGCUUGUGUCCUGACAUCAGAAUGUACUUGCUCAUAUACUCCAAUUAGAUAGACGCCUUUAAAAUUUUUAAAUCUU